UUUGCUUGGAGAUGCUGCUAAAACAGAGAGGCUGUGAACAAGGACAUUACCGAGCAGGAGCAUACAUUCAGAAGACAAGGAGCCCUGCUCGCUGCACCGAAUAUCUUAUCAAAAAGACUCCUAUCUGUAUGCCAACCCAGACUUCCAGAAAGAGAUCAGAUCCCUGAAUCCCCAUCAUCAUGAACUGGCACAUGAUCAUCUCGGGGCUUAUCGUAGUAGUGAUCAAAGUUGUUGGAAUGACCUUUUUUCUGCUGUAUUUCCCACAGGUUUUUGGCAAAAGUAAUGAUGGCUUCGUCCCCACGGAGAGCUACGGAACCACUAGUGUGCAGAAUGUCUCACAGAUCUUUGGGAGAAAUGACGAAAGUACCAUGCCUACAAGGAGCUAUGGAACAGUCUGUCCCAGAAACUGGGAUUUUCACCAAGGAAAAUGCUUUUUCUUCUCCUUCUCCGAAUCACCUUGGAAAGACAGCAUGGAUUAUUGUGCAACACAAGGAUCCACACUGGCAAUUGUCAACACUCCAGAGAAACUGAAGUAUCUUCAGGACAUAGCUGGUAUUGAGAAUUACUUUAUUGGUUUGGUACGUCAGCCUGGAGAGAAAAAGUGGCGCUGGAUCAACAACUCUGUGUUCAAUGGCAAUGUUACCAAUCAGGACCAGAACUUCGACUGUGUCACUAUAGGUCUGACGAAGACAUAUGAUGCUGCAUCAUGUGAAGUCAGCUAUCGCUGGAUCUGCGAAAUGAAUGCCAAAUGAUCAUAGAUCUCUACAAGAGUGAAUUUUUACAGAGCUAGCAAAGGAGAUUAGUUGUGACUGAAACCAGCCCAGGAAAUAUAGAGCAUCAAAGACUGUGCCCAUCUUCCAUAGGUGGAGUUCCCUAUUGAAUCCUCAAAGUCAAUUUGUUACUCCACAAACAUCUUCACAUAGUAAAACUCCCUUUCUGACCAAGUAUUCCCUAAGACCACACUUCCUGUGAGAGGGGACUGGAUUCUAGUUAUCUGCAGACAGAGCCAGGAUUCUGGAGAUGAAAUCAAUAUGGAAAUGCAGUCUGUUUCUGUAGAGCUGAGCCUUUUAACUAAUCAGUAGGGUUUUGUCUGUUGUCAGAACUGUUUGAUCCUUAGAGAACAUGCCCACGCCACUGAGGAGAAACUGCUCGUGGAACAGAUAUGAGAACUGUUAGGAAGCACUAUGGGCAGAAGAAUAUAAACUUGGCUUCACAACAUCCCCCAUUCCAGAAAGCCUCCCAUUCCCAUACAACAUCGUAGAAGCAGAGGUCCUUCUGAAUUGGGGAAGGACCUCUACAGCUCGACUUGGUACUGAACAAAUAUUGAGGGAAUGAAGAAAGUUCUGAAUAGGACAGAGAUAAACAAGGAGGAGAAGGAAAGAGAUAGGAAGAAAGGAGAAGUGGGAAGGAGGGGGAAAAGGAAUGAUGGGCAGGAGAAAAAGAGACAGGAGGAGCCAGGAAAAACACUCAAGCUAAAUUUUUUUCAGGUUUUGGAUAAAAUCUAUUGUGACAUAAAUAAUAUCUUUUCAUUAGAAGAGAAAAGGCAAAAUUGGGGACAAAUGGGCACCAUGAGAGAUGAAGCAGAGGUUAAUUUGAUCACAAGGAAAGAAAGGCAGGAAUGAGGUUGAAAACUUUUUGGAUACCUUGGCUGUUAUCUCAAGAAGGUACAAGCUGCAUAAAGUAUAGGAGAAAAGAGAUGUGCUGGUUGUUUUAAGUAGCAAAAAUUAAACUACAGAGAAGCCUAUAGAAAGCUAAAGGAAUUAAAACCAUCCAAUAAUCAAUUCAUUAUUUUCAACUAAUAGCAAUAUGUAUGUGCAUUACUAGUCAAAAUAAAUUGUGAAUUCUGUUAUUAUAAUACUAAGUUAUUUUAUAGUUUCUAGGUUUCAUAUUUCGUGUAUUAGCAGAUUUAUAUUUUAAUAGGACAAUGUACUUCCUAUUAAAACCUGUUUGAAGAAGGUCAUCAGAAAUGAUCUAGUAGAUACUGGAAUUACAUUUGUACCCAAUGAGCUAUGUGUUCUCUGAUAGUCUUAAUACAUCAAAGCUGGGACAAGGUGGGCAGAAUCUAUGGUAGGGAGAAGCAAUUGUGUUCUAACCAGAGGUCAGACCCAUAACUCAGACAACAGAAAGGAAAUCUUGGUCCUUUUUGAGAAAGGGGAACUUUCAUUGCCACACUUCCUAUCUUUGGACAGAAGAGUUGCAGACUCCUGGGGUCAGGAAAUGAGGACAUCUAGUGAUUUCUGUGGUUGAAGUCUGAAUCUCCCACAAGAUGAGAAGUUACUCAUGUACAGGUUCUUAAAGAAGCCUGCACAGGGGCUGGCAUGAGAAAAAGAAUAUUCAGGGACUCUGUGUAUAUUGUUUCAAUUACUAGGGAAGGGACUCGUGAAGGGUAAAUAAAUGUGGCCUUUGUUAGGGAGCAGUGAUAUGAGUUUUAAGAUGGAAUUAAUAAGACAUUUGGGUUGGAGUUUUGACCUAAGUUCUAAGAUACUUUCCCUUACACAUCAGGCACACUAGGUAUAGUCUUUAUAGCUUCAUUAGAAUAUAAGUAACAUGUCCGAAAAUUUUUGACAACCAGGAAUAGCCACUAAAUUACCCAUUUGAAAUGUACAGCUCAAUAGGUUUGGUACAUUCACAGUAGUUUACAGCCGUCCCCUAAAAAAGAAAUCCUGAUCUACUUCCCGUCUCUACAGAGUUCCUUCUGCUGGCUGUCAUAUGAAUAGAAUCAUACAAUGUAUGUCCUUCUUUACUACUUCCUCUGCUUAGAAUAAGAUUUUCAAGAUUCACCCAUGAAUUUCAGCAUAUCGCAGUUUCCCAGUCUGUAUCUUGAGUGUCCCCCGUAGAUCAAAGGCUCAUUCCCUAGGAUUGUGAUAUUGGAAUGUGGUAGAGCCUGGAACUCCUGGAAUUGAUUUAGGUCCCUGAGAGUGUGGUCUCUCUGAGGGCAGUACUAUCCUCAGCCCUUUCAUUUUGCUCCCAAGCCAGGAGCGGUUGUCCUCUAUUGUAUGCUUUUAACAUAAAGUGUGGCCAACUAAUUAGGGAUUGAAAUCUCUAAAACCUUUUGAUAAGCUAUGUAUCUCAGGCAUGUGUUACAGUGGUACAAAGCUUGUUAUUUGUACAUACAAUCUGUAUUUCAUUCUAUGGAUGAAUACUAUUCCAUUUGUUUAUUCCUUCAAUGGCUGAUUGGUAUUUUAGCUUUGUACCUGUCAACUAUUAUAACUCCUACAAACAUCCAUUUCUCAAGCAUACACCUAGGAGUGAGACUGCUAAUUCAUCUUGUUAUCUGAUACAUUAUGUAAAGAACUUUCUGUCUUCAAAAGCUACUGAACCAUUGCACCUUCCAUCGGGAAUAUGUAUGGACUCUAAUAUUUGCCAUACCCUUGCCAAUAUGCACUGUUACCUAACUGCCUUGCUUUAUGCUAAUGUGUUCCUAUGGUGAUUUUGAUGUUUAUUUCAUCUCCAUUCUUUAUCAUCUUUCUUGUACUUUGAGUAACCUCUUCUGCUGAGAAUGAUGUUUUUCUUUCUAUUGGACAUUUUAACUUAAGAUGUAAGGAAAGGAUAUGGUUAUAUCAACACAUCUUAUUUUGUUAAUAGUCUUGAGCUCUCAGCCUCUUUGUAAAAAUCUAGAAAUACCUCCAUAAUUGUGUCUUAAGGCAUGCUGAAGAUGAAACUCAGCACUUUCUACAUACUACCUUUCUAGCAAUAAGUUAUAGUGUCCUUCCUUUGUUUUGUGGUUUUUUUUUUUUUUGGUGUGGGUUUUUUUAGUAAAUUUUAUUAUUAAAAGGUUGCAUAUAAAAAACUUUGCAUAUAAAUAAAAACAUCACACACC